AUGGCUACCGUAUCCGGAACGGAUGGAUGUCUAUCUCACCUGAAAUCGUCCCAAACGUGGACUGGCGAUUUCCACAACAAAACCAGAGUGUUGCUGGCCCAUAUGUGGGGAUGGGUGGCUGUUACCGCCUUCCUUCAAACCGCAGCUCUCUACGCUAUUGAUUCCGAAUGGUGUGGGGAUACACUGGCGAGCCCCGACGAGAGACACGGACAACGUCCGCACAUAGCCAAGCCACGCCCCACACCAUCAUACAGGAUGACGACGGGCGUGGCCUGA